AUGAAACAUAUGGAUGCCGACGAUGUUCGGAUUUAUAUACGUGAACCCGACAAAGAUAUUUUUUAUCAACUAGAAGAUAUGAGUGAUGUCAAAGAUCGUUCCGUCCUAAAAGUCGUUCAAUUGAAUAACAAUCAUAAUAAUAAUAAUAAAACACAAGUUUCAUUUAAACAACCCAAAUCCGAUGACAUAUCCAUUUAUGUUCCGUUUACAUCACGUCCAACAUUGGCAAGUGAAAUAACUUAUCAACGAUUAAGUCGUCUUGGUCGUAUGCCAUCAACAACAUCUAUUCCAUCAACAUCAUCAAGAAAUGGAUCCAUUGAAGAUAAAUCAACAUCAUCGACAUCGGCAAAUCCACAAAUAUCAUCUAAUACUUCUUCAUCUCGUUCUCUUAGUGAGCCAAGACGUCGAUCAGCUACUAAAGAAACAACGUCUACUAUUAAUAAUCAAACAUCUACAAAUCCGAAUUUAAUGGCUCCAAAGGUUAUACCAUCAUCGCCAAGAAGUGGUUCAACGACACCGACAACACCUCGAAUUGGUGAUGACGAAGCUCAUAGUAAAAUGGCUUGGAUGGAAAAACAACUUGAAUCAUUAACUGAACUUGUUCAAGAACUAACACGUGAACGAGCUCUUAAUGAACAACAAUUAUCAACAAGAACAGGAAUCUAUAGAGACAUUAAUGGUAAGUCAUUACGUCAACAAUUAUAUGAAUUGAAAGUCAAAACCCAUACAUUACGUAAUGAUUUAAUAUCAAUACGACGUAUGCAACAGUCAUUACAAGAAGAUUUCAAAAUGCAAUUUGAAGAUGCCAAUAAAAAAAUAGAAGAUUACAUUUUACGUUUAUAUCGAAUCGAAACUCGUUCAGAACAAUGUCGUACUAUUGAAAAUGAACUUGAUUUAUAUAUGAUAAAUAGUACAAAAAUUGAUCGAGAUUUAGAAGAUUUAGAAGCAUCAGUUGAAGAAUUACAAAAUGAUGUUAAAUCUAAACAAUGUUAUGUAACAAUGAAUGAUGUUGAAAGUUUUGCUUUAGUUCUAAGUACCAUUAGUCGUUCAUUAGUCGAUUUAAAAGCUUCAUUUCCAGUGUUACGUGAAAAAAUUUCUUUAGUUGGCCAACAAUCAACUUUAAAUGACGAUCAAAAAUUUUUACAUGAAGAACCCGAACGUCUUGAUUAUACAAUUAAAAAAUGUAAACGUUUAACUACAAUGCUUUAUCAACUCAAACGAUUAGCUGUUACUCAAGAACAAAAAUCAUUAUCACAAAAACCACGAUGUCAAUAUUCAUUUGGUUCAAAUGGAAAACCACUUGAUCGUAAACGUUUAUUAGAACAAAUAGAAUCAGUCACACAAAAUUCUGAUGGUCGAGUAAAAUCUAUUGAGAAAGCAGAAAAAUUACGAGAACGUCGUUUACAUUAUACAAAUCAAUUAGAUAUACUUAAACAAAUAAAAUAUACAUCUGAACAAAUGGAUGGACAUGAUUCAGGACAAUAUUUUGAUACACGAAGUUUAACAAAUUCAAUAUUACUAUCAUCAAGUACACGAACAAGUAUUUGUUCAACACAAUCAACGACAGAUUCAACAGCAUUAUCAAAUAAUUGUCCAUCACCAUCACUUUCAUUUAUUGUUCGUCAAGCAGUAAUCUCUCCAACAAAUGCACCAGUCGUAAUAAAUGAUACAAAAACUCGUUCACAGAUAUCAAUGAAACAACCAACAAAAGUAACAUUUUCUCAACAAUUAAUAACAAAUGGAAAAUCUUCAACAAAUUCACGUGAUCAUUCAACUGAUUCAUAUUUAUCAACAAAUGGUAAUUGUAUAAAUAAAAAAACUAAACCAACACCACCACCACGUAUACAAAGUACAUCAUCAUCAGCUGUUUCAAGUGGAGCAUCAUGUUCAUCAUCAUCUAGUUCAUCUUCAUCAUCAAAUAGUAGUGCAAAUUCACGUCCAGCAAAUGGUUUUUGUGGUAUUAUACCACUUGUUAUAUCACCUGAUCGUCGUCAUAAUGGACGAUGUAAUUCAUUUUCAUCAUCAAGUACUGAUACAGAUUCAGUUAUAUCAAAUCCUCGUGGAAAUAUGCCACAUAAAUCACCAAUAGUUAAUAAUACAAAACCAAUAUUAAUAUCAAAUGGUUUUCAUCAUAAAACAUCAGCAUCAACUAAUUCAACAACAUUAAUGCGCGCUUCAGUUACUGAUCUCUAG